AGAGAUCCAAACUUCCGGUGCCUGCGGAGAGCCGAGCGGCGGUGCUACCGAGAGAGGCUGCACCGAGUGGCUUUUGCUCGGGCGGAGGCUGCAGGGAGGACGCUCGGGCCGGCGCAGCCAUGGUGAAGAUCAGCUUCCAGCCGGCGGUGGCCGGCAUCAAGGGCGACAAGGCCGACAAGGCUUCGGCCUCGGUCUCGGCCCCAGCGCCCGCCCCGGCCGCUGAGAUCCUGCUGACGCCGGCUCGGGAGGAGCGGCCCCCCUACCACCGCUACAAGAAGGGGGGCUCCGUGGGCGGCGUGUGCUACCUGUCGAUGGGCAUGAUCGUGCUGCUCAUGGGUCUGGUGUUCGCCUCUGUCUACAUCUACAGAUACUUCUUCCUGGCUCAGCUGGCCCGAGACAACUUCUUCCACUGCGGCGUCCUCUACGAGGACUCCCUGUCCUCCCAGGCCCACACUCGCAUGGAGCUGGAGGAGGACGUGAAGAUCUACCUCGAGGAGAACUACGAGCGCAUCAACGUGCCCGUUCCCCAGUUUGGGGGCGGCGACCCUGCAGACAUCAUCCACGACUUUCAGCGGGGUCUCACCGCUUACCAUGACAUCUCCCUGGACAAGUGCUACGUCAUCGAGCUCAACACCACCAUCGUCCUGCCCCCUCGCAACUUCUGGGAGCUCCUCAUGAAUGUGAAGAGGGGGACCUACCUCCCACAGACGUACAUCAUCCAGGAGGAGAUGGUGGUCACGGAGCACGUCAGCGACAAGGAGGCUCUGGGCUCCUUUAUCUCCCACCUGUGUAGCGGGAAGGACACCUACCGCCUGCGGCGCCGGGCCACCCGGAGGCGGAUCAACAAACGAGAGGCCAAGAACUGCAACGCCAUCCGCCACUUUGAGAACACCUUCGUGGUGGAGACGCUCAUCUGCGGGGUCGUGUGAAGCCCCGCCCCCUCCCUACAGGCCCCGCCCCCGCCCCACAGGCCCCGCCCCACUCUCCAGACCCACCCCCACCCUCUUUCGUUUUCUCUUCUGGCCACUCUCUGGCCCUCCUUCCCCUUGCUUAGCUUGUACUUUGGACGCCUUCCCUAUAGAUGUGAUGUGUCUCCCUGUUUCUCUCCAGCCCUGCCCACCUCCUUGUACCAGAGCUGUGACCUCUCAAGACCUCCCACUCUGCUGACCUCUCGGGUGUGGGGGAGGGAGGGGAUGCCCCAAGGUGGUUUCUGUGACCAGCAUCUUGAGGUCAGGUCCCUGGGGCCCUGGUCCACAGCAGCACUGCUGGCCCAAGGGGAAGGACAGGACGGAAGGAACGGGGCAUGUGGGGGUUCUGGCGAAGGGAUGGGGUCGGGAGGGAGGGGUGUGGAGUGGGGCUCAGGAACAUCUGCACAGCUGGGAAGGGCCUAAAAGGCCUUUUGCUUGCUCCGCACGCAUCCCAUACUUUACAGCUCUCAGACCUGAACUGAGGAUGGAGGGAACGUGCCCGAGGAUGGACCCACCCCCCCAGAGCACAAGGGAAGGUGGCUGUCCUGGGGCUAUCCCCAGGACUCCAGUCAGUGCCUUCAGCCCACCUGUGGGAGCCUGGAGUUUGGGGUGGGGGGGUUCAGAUGAGUCCGUCAAGCACAAUCUAUCUCCGGGUGGAACCAAAGAAGGAAGGAGCCAGGGUUGGGGGCGCUGGCCCCCCAGGAGCACAAGAGGGCCCCCCACCGGCCACAGCCACAGAGCAACAGGGUGGGGGUGUCUUCUCCUGUCCAGGGACAACCCUGACAGCUGAGCACUGAGCAGGGAUGCAGUGUGGGUCCUUCGGAGAGAGAAGGGGGCUCCUUGCUGUCUCCGGGAUAGAGCUCUUCUAGGAAACCGCGGGGGGGAGGGGAGGGAGAACCAGCUGGUACUUGUGAACCCUGCCUCCUCUCUGGAAUUCUGGCCCCCUCUGCUUGGGGGAAUGCAGCGUUUACUUUCCUUUUCCUUCUCACUUUUGCAUGUUUUUACUGAUCGUUCGAUAUGCUAACCGUUCUCAGCCCGAGCCCUGAAGAGGAGGGCUCCGACACCUCCAGUCAGACUUUGGUGCUCUCUGGAGAUGAAACUCUUGAAGUGCUUUGUAUAUUUUCUCAAUUAGAUCUCUUUUCAGAAGUGUCCGUAGAACAAUAAACAUCUUUGACUUCUGA